AUGAAGCCCCCCACGCCAGAUGGUUUGGUGACACUGUGGGUCCGUUUGGUUGGCCCACGGGAGAACCAUUGCUUGUUGGAUGCCAAUCCAAGCGAGCCUCUGCACGGCGAAUCAUGGUGUCAGCCGCCCCUGAAUCCCAUCCAGACUUGCUCUCCGCCUAGGAAACCCGCCGAUGAGCCGACGGGUAGAUCAGAUGUCACCACUGACACUAUUCUGGUCUUGCAAGAUGGACAGGUGGCUUGCGAUUUUUUGGUUCUGGCCUUAAUCUCGCCCAAUUGGUUGGCUCGAUUUCCGAGUGAGGAUCUGGCCUGGUCGGCUUCCGACACCCCUCGGGUCCUCAUCCUCCCAGAUGUAACGCUGGCUGAUAUGGAGACCCUGUUGGAACUCUUGUACGUAGGACAAACCCUACCCUUACCCCUGGAUCGGAUUCAUGCGCUCAAGCGUCUCACUCAAAUGCUCCAAUGUCGACCGCUGUCCGUGUCGAAAAUUGCUGCUCACCCGCUCUCCGACGGAUCAGCUACUCCUCCGGAUUGGCCUGAGAAACCAGCCAUUUCGUCUGAGCAUUAUAUAUUCAAUAACGAAUGCCAAGCGGAAGCUCCUCCAUCGUCCCCGAAAACUAGUGUCAGAAUUUCUUACAUUGAUGAGGCUGAAGUGGACGUCGAGGAGGAUUCUCAUCAGGGUGGACUUCUUACCAUAGUAUCGUCUCCUAAACCGUCACCUAAACAUCGCCGUCCAACCCGGAUUCAUGUGGGUGCGGUUCCCAUCUCCAAAGUACCACCUGAUACCUAUGUUCAUUGGACCAAUUGCUUUCAAGGGGCACAACGUUUCGCUCAUAAACCAUGUCCGGUUUGCAAUCAGAUUUUUCUGGGUCUUCAUCCCUUAAUCGCCCACUUGAAGGCUCAACAUGCCAAUCAAGGCCAAAAUAAUAGGCUAGUGACUUGUCACAUUUGCCAGACUCAAUGUGAUUCUGGUUUAGACUUGCAUCAUCACCUGCGGAUGCACUUCAAGAGUGAUCAUUCGCUUUCCAAAACCGUCAGUAAUCGUCAAUAUUUGUGUUUGGUGGAAGAUUGCAAUUAUGUCAGCCAAUCAGUGCGCAAUCAUAAAGCCCAUAUGGCCAAUGUUCACCAACGGAAACCAUUUCAGUGUCAUCAAUGCGGAGACGAAUUCGUGUCCAAGGCCAAUUUGAAAGUCCACGAAUCUUCCCGUCAUUCUCCACUUGAUCAAAAGAGUUCAUUUCAAUGUGUGAAAUGUGACCGACACUUCAAAAGGAAGUCUUCUUUGACGUCGCACGUGAUCGACCAACAUCAACUCAAACCUGAAGACCGUACCUUGUCGUGCCCAAUUUGCAAGAUCGACCUCAAAGGACGAAGAAACCUUCUCAAACAUCAGAAAAUUCAUCAAAGCCAGGAAAAACAGUUUCAAUGCUCAUUUUGCCCGAAGUUGUUCCUCAAGCACAAUGGCUUGGUGGUUCAUGAACGGAUUCACACUGGUGAAAUGCCCUUUGAAUGUGAGAUCUGUGGCGUCAAAUUCAAACGAUCUCAUCACUUGAAUUUCCAUCUCAAGUCCAAUUCUCAUGCGGCCAACGUCAAAGACGCACAAAGAACACAAAACCAAUCGGACCAAGGUCAAGGUGCAGAGCCGGACGUGAAAUCGAUCACCUAAUGCAAAGCAGAGGAAGCAUGGCGGGCAUUGUUUUGUAAGGCAGGCUCAAUUGCAAUGGAUGCUGUGCUACAACCACGAAAAAACCGGUUCACUUUGGCAAACACGAAAUCAGCCAGGUCUGUGAGGUUGAAGAGUGAAAAGCCGAGAAGCAAGCUGGCAUAACCUCCGAUUUCAGCAAUGAGCGAGAUCCCAGACACCAGGAAGUAUUCCAAAGUCACCUUAACAUCCCUCCGGAAGUAGAUAACCAACUCGGCUCCCGUGGUAAUGGCGCCCUCUUGAUUUGAGCUGUAGCCAAGUUCUUCCACUGGUGGUCCAAAAAACACAUUGGUAAAGGCACAAGGAGUCUCACAAAAACCAAAUUGAUUGCGUCGAUUGUUUUGGUACACUGUGAAAGCCUUGGAACGCGAUUCUGCAUCCACGCAGAUUCGAUCCUUCUUUGGUAACCACGGUACCGUACAAUUCACUUCGUUCAGACUCAUCUCGUACAGGAUGUCAUACAUGCAUUGGUCGAAGCCCACUGACGACGAGUCUGAAUAGUCGAAGCAUUUGCCAGUUCUUGAAUCUAAUUCCACGAUUUCGUACGUGGCUGCAAUCUUGAAAUGCAUCGUCCGACUGGGGCUUACAGGGGUCCGCAACUUGACCCGGUUUCUACUAUUGGGCGAAAGGAACUGGUCAGGAUGAUGGAUAAACACGUCUGUAGACUGAUGAAGCCGCACACUCAUCUCCAGGAUCCCCAAUUUCAGGAGACAUCGAGGUAACUGGAGAGAGAAGCAAAUUCCGUUGAAGUAAUAGUCUCGAAUCUUCCAAAUAGGAGUUAGUUGACACGCCCCGAUGAGGGUCCCAUUCAAGAGCGAUUGAGUCCUCCGAUUGGCUAGAGGCUUCUCCGUGUCCACUGAGACGGAGUGAAAAAUCUCGUCUAAAGGAAUGUUGACUGCGUCCAUGAAUUCGGUUGGCUCCAAAUCAG